AAAUGUUUUCAACAAUCAAACAUCUAAAAGCAAAAUCUGUCAGAAGCCAUGACAAAGUUUGUGCUGUCUGAGCUCCACAUGUGGUUCUGUUGUCACGAUUCUCUUGACCUUGAACGUCUCAUGGUUUAUUUAAUCAACCAAUAAGAAGCAGAGUCAUAAUGUAAAUGGUGUCUGAUUGGUCUCCAGCUGGUCUCUAUGGGCCCCGAGCCAAUAAUCAUAAUGUAGUCUCACAUAUUCCCACGACUGAAUGUGAUACAUUUAUACCUCUGUAUAAAGAGAGGUCAGACCGGGUCACAGUCACAGAUGUGAGGAGGCGCUUCACUGAUCACACUUCUCUUUCUUGAAGUUUGUCAGCCUCCAUGUCCUCCUCAUCCAAGUCCUGCCAGCCAACUCGACAGCCAACAUGUACGAGGUGCCGGCAUCAUGGCAUCAUCGUCCAGAGGAAAGGCCACAUGAAGUUCUGCCCGUAUCUGAAGUGUGGCUGCUGGAGGUGCUUCUUGAUAACUCAGAGGACUCGGAUCACCGCCCUCCACCGCAGCCAGGGAGGAGACCGGCUCCCCCCACAGGACACGGAGCGGCAGCCCUGCGCCCAAACCGGCGAGGUGAGACCAGCGGUCGAGGGGACCGUCAGCGGCUCGGCCCCGGACGGAGGCGCACCUCAGUCGGCUACACCUCAGCUGCUGAUAUCUCAGCCAUCCGGAGGAGCAGCCGCCGCCGCUGCUGCUGCCGCCGGGGCCCCCCCUGACCUCCGGGGCAGACCAGCCGCUGUGGACGGCGGGUUGGCGGCCUCAGCUUCCACUGAAGAACGAUCAGGUACACCUUCUAAUGCUCCAAAUGUUGCUAGAUUUGGCCCGACUGCACCUCUGCCUGUCAUCCACUUUCCCUUUCAUUGGCCAAGCAGUUUCGCCUCCUGCCCAGAUUUGAUGUUCAACAUCCCCCGAGCGCCAGCUGUGCCUGCUGGGCUUUACAACAAUCCCCUGUGUGGACCCCAGAUGUUCCCCCACUUUCAGUCAGGUCCUCUGAAUUAUCUACCGCUACCAUGGCCUGGACCUCCUGCUGAUGGCAGACAGAUGUUCUUCAUGCUCCAGCCACCUCCACCUCCACCAGCAGAGCCCUACCAGGAGGAGCUGAUGGAUCCACAGCCUCCGCCGUCCAGCGAGGAAGUUAUAGAGCUGGAUUAGUUGUUCUACAUGUUGUACUUUGUAUGUUGUUGACAUGCUGUUGUUUGUUGGCAUGGGGUUUAGAAAUAAACGUUGGUUAUUUUCA